AUGGAAGAUUUAGCUACAAAAAACGCAUGUAAGGGAGUAAAUGGACAGUCCAAAACAGACGAAUCACCUUCUCCUGCUGCUCGCAGUGUUGACUCAUGCUGCGGAUCCUGCCUGAAAAACAUCAAGCUCUGGAUACCCGUGGACUACAAGAAUGAAACAGUUCAGCUUUUUAAACUGGCAGGACCUGUGUUCAUUUCGCAUUUGAUGAGCUUCCUGAUCGGCUUCGUCAGCGUGGUGUUCUGCGGUCACCUGGGGAAAACAGAGCUGGCAGGGGUGGCAUUAGCGAUAGCGGUAAUAAAUGUCAUGGGUAUUUCCAUUGGCUAUGGUUUGGCAUCCGCAUGUGAUACUCUCAUUUCUCAGACUUAUGGGAGUGGUAACAUAAAGCGUAUAGGGGUCAUACUCCAACAGGGAGUUUUGAUUCUGCUCUUAGCCUGUUUCCCCUGCUGGGCUGUCCUCAUCAACACUCAGCCCAUUUUGCUGGCUGUCAGGCAGAGCGCAGAGGUCGCCAGACUCUCCCAGCUGUACGUGAAGAUCUUUAUGCCAGCUCUGCCAGCUGCCUUCAUGUACCAGCUGCAGGGGAGGUAUCUUCAAAAUCAGGGCAUCAUGUGGCCACAGGUGAUAUCUGGAGCCGUGGGGAAUGUUUUAAAUGCAAUAACCAACUACAUCUUCCUCAGUGUUCUGGACCUGGGGGUGGCUGGAUCUGCAGCUGCCAAUGCCAUCUCACAGUAUUUCUUGGCUGUGUUCUUGUUUGUGUACAUCUACGCCAGGGGCCUGCAUAAAGCUACAUGGGACGGUUGGUCAAGAGACUGUCUGCAGAAUUGGGGUUCUUUCCUCCACCUGGCUCUCCCCGGCAUGCUUAUGAUGUGUCUGGAGUGGUGGCUAUAUGAGAUUGCAGGUUUCCUGGCAGGCAUCAUCAGUGAGGUUGAGUUAGGAGCUCACUCUAUAAUUUACGAAGUGGCUGUUAUCGCUUACAUGUUUCCAAUGGGUUUCUCUGUUGCUGCCAGUGUUCGGGUUGGAAUUGCACUUGGUGCUGGGAACACAGAGCAAGCCAAACUGUCCAGCAAGGUCUCCCUUAUCUGGGCAUCUAUCGUCGCAUGUUUCAUUGGAGCCUGUCUUGGUGGAUCUAAGGAUGUGAUCGGUUACAUUUUCACUACAGAGAAAGACAUUAUUGAAAGGGUGGCUAAUAUCAUGAAGCUGUACAGUUUCAUCCAUAUUGCUGAGGCCUUCGCAGGUGUGACAGGAGGUAUUGUCAGGGGAGCAGGGAAGCAAAUGGUUGGUGCUGUAUGUAACUUGGUGGGUUACUACUUCAUUGGGUUCCCCAUUGGAGUGUCUUUGAUGUUCCCUGUUAAAUUGGGCAUAUUAGGGCUGUGGACGGGGUUUUUAAUUUCUCUUUUGAUACAGUGCAUAUUCUUUUUAGUUUUUCUAUGCAAAUUAAACUGGAAGAAGGCCACUGAGGAGGCGCUUAUAAGAGCAGGAGUCCACAUCACAGAGAGGAACGAGAUCUUUGGGAUAGAAAAUAAGGUCCUGGACUCUGAAGAGAAACAAACCCACACAAAGACCAAUCGAUCCAGUUCUUUGAGUCCAGUAGAGGGGAAUCUGGAAGUGCUCAGUGCAGACCAGCAGACUUCAGGUGACAUGCCUCUCUCAGUCAGACAGCUGGUGGUACGACGCGGCCUCACUGUGCUGUUCAUGUUCAUCAUCCUCGCUGCUGGAGUCUUCAUCAGCGAGCUGCUCAUCAGACUGCUCCAAUUAGAUGAGUGA